GGCCACACCCACACGUCAGCCCGCUUUUGUCGCCGCCCCCUCCCCACUCUCUAAAAAAAUAUUCUUUCUUCGUUAUCGUUUUUGCGCCCCUCGCUACCCCUCCUCACUUUCCGCACACAACUCCCCCAUUUCGGAUCCCGUGCGAAAACAGAGGAGACUGUGGGACGGCGAUCAGUUCCCUGUCAUUUGCUCCUGAAGCUAACGGACAGUCUGAAAAACAAAAAUCAAAACCGCCGCGCGGUCUCCGCACGUGCCCCACCCCCACCGCUCGGUCAGGGCCGCGGAAGGUCAUCGAUUCGGUUGGUGUCGUUCCUCAUCUCUCUGGUUCCUUAUGGCUCUGUUCAGGAAAUGCAUCGUACCAUUUACUCGUACAACAGAAAUAAUGAACGAAAUGUUCAGUACUUCAGCAGCCUGUACAGCCAUACAGAAAAUGACCAGAGUACGGGUAGUGGACAACAGUUCUCUUGGCAACACCCCUUAUCAUAGACCACCCAAAUGCAUCCAUGUGUAUACCAAAAAUGGAAUUGGUAAGGUUGGAGACAAAAUAUUACUGGCAAUCAAAGGGCAAAAGAAGAAGGCAUUGAUCGUAGGUCAUCGGAUGCCUGGUCCAAGGAUGACACCUAGAUUCGACUCCAACAAUGUGGUGCUCAUUGAAGAUAAUGGGAACCCAAUGGGGACGCGCAUCAAAGUGCCAAUCCCCACUAGCCUGCGUCAGAUGGACGGUGAUUAUUCCAAAGUUUUGGCAAUUGCUCAGAAAUUUGUCUGAUGGACUUGCUGAGUUACUGAGAGAAUUAUCAACAGUGGCUGUCAUUUAUGGAGAGAAGUAACUUUUACGUGCAGAUCAAGCAUGGCUUCCAUUCUAGCCGUCUCGGACAUUUGAUGUUGCGAAAGUUAAAGUUGGUUCACUUAUAACAGCUGUACAUUUACACAUUAAAUAUCUUGUACCUCA